AUGAAGAUUGGUCCGCUAAAAGAUGGAGCCUUGUUCCACAAAGGAUGUUUCAAGUGUUGGAUAUGUGGAACGAGACUUUCACUGAAGACCUAUCACAACAACAGGAACGAUACUCAAGACUUAGAGGUAUAUUGCGCCGGCCAUGUUCCAACACCUGGACCUCAUGACCCUAUUCCACAUAGGUCGAAUUUAUUGUUUUCACCGAAGACGAAAGGCGAUUAUCCACACAAUCUGAUGAGACCCGCAGGACCAACGUAA